GGGUCGAGGAGUAUGCAAUGUACUGGUUCAUGUGGGUAUUAGGCUUCUUUCCCGGGUGGAUGACCGGCCCGGUGCAAGCCGAGUACAAUUACAAUAUUGCGGAGGAUGUCAAGCGGCGAUUGCGAUAGUAGACUGUUAUCUUAUUGAUAUCUGCUGUAUUCUAUAUUUUAGUUGUAUUCGAUGAUUUGUACGUUACGGCUGAUAUGUGCAGAGUACUUGGUACUUAUUGCAACUGUGGCGGUGCAUAUACUACAAGCGGACAUCCACCUACUAUUGCAUUUGCGGUUUCAAUCAGUAUAGACAUAUCAUUUCCAGCUAGCGAAUACAUCACAUGUAUUCCAUGCACCCUCUGCUAUGAGAAUUAUAAAUUUUCUCAUGGAGCCAUCGCGUCCUUCAUUAUCCUACGGAGUACAACUCACAACCAUCAGAAAGCUACACAGAACCUUCCAACAAUCGCCAAACCUACGUACGCUAUGGUGUGAAUUCCCUGAUGAUAUUGAUACAUCAGAGUCCCUU